AUGGCCGACCCUCAAGAAAACGCGUAUGGCUUCGUAGACUCAUUCAACGCGGAUGAAACUCCAGACCGUGAAGGGAUCGAGCACUACAAGGCUUUGGCUAUACAGACGGUGGAUGAUAUUCAGGAAACACUUCUGAGUGUUUAUAAUUUCGUGCCCUGCCACGAGCCAAUCGAAGCCUUCAAUCAAGUCCAAGUAAGAACGGAGCACCUGGACAAACUGCUAUCGGAUCUUGUGCCCACAGUCAGACGUCACGUUGCUGCAUUAUCGGAAGCAGUUUUAGACCUAUCCGAUCAUCCAAACGAGUCGAUUUCGAGACUGAAGCUAGUCGCAGGAGUCGUGCCAGCAUUGGGUAGCACGUGGGGACAAUUGUCGUCCUGCCUUCGCACCGCUCACCCUGGACGUAUGUAUGCACGUUGGACCAGACAUGAUAAGUACUUCAAGGACAGGAAAGCAUUCAGGACCGGUGAACUGCAGCAACGGAUAUUCGCGUCGGCCCAAGCCAUUCUUGACUUUUUUGCAUGCUCUCGCGCGGCUAUUGGACGAUUAGGAAACUUGUCUGACGAUCAACCUCAGGAGAGACCAGCAGUGCUCAAGCAAACAGCCGCCUGCUUGAAAUCGAUCGAUCGAGUAGCCGAAUUGAUCAACACAUCUGAACUAGAUAUUAUCCAAGAUCAUUGGCAGAGUUCUAUUACAGAUUCAAUGAAUGACUCGCUCGAUAGGUUACUCCAAUUUGUCUCAGCGCACUCGCAUCAAGUCGAUUCACCUCAAAGCCGAUUGAAGGACCCUAAUCUUGCAGGAUUGAUGAUGGUCAUAAUUAAACUCGAGAGAUUGUUCUUCACGAAGCUAUCGAGAAUAUUGACCGAUAAACGCAUCUUCGCCAUGGUGACCGAUUUGUCUUCAAGGGAACUCUAUAAAUUGAGUUUAUUUACACACUCGGUUUCGAGACGUAUCAGUGACAUAGUGGACGUUCUAUGUGAAGACAACUUGCGGGGGGAACCUCUGCAUACGAGUUUGGCGGCUAUCGAGGACGCAACGACGUAUCUUCUAAUAUUCCCUAACAUUAUUUUCCCCACCAUUCGCGAAGUCUUUGUUCCUUUGCGUCACGACCCUGAUCAACCUUCACCUGUCAUUUACUUCAAGGCUUGGUUUUAUCAAUGGAAUAAUCAUCUUUUCUUGGCCAUUCGAAACUUCUUCGAAGCUGCUGGACUCGCUGUAGAUUUUUAG